CGUUCCCUUCGGUUUAGGCUGAAAAAGACGACCAAGUCAACACUACAGCUACAAUGAACGCAGCUGGAUAUACAUUGGCUCGUCUGUGAGAAGUGAGAGCAGAAACAUUCUCCGACAUUAAGAUGGGAAAAUCUUGCCUCGUCCAUUUCAUCUGCCUCUCGUUCCUUCUAGCUUCUACAGCUUAUUGCUUCUCACACCCUCCUCUCCUUGGAGUUCACCCCCUAGAUGAGAAAUAUUACAGGUCAGAAUUGAUCAAAUGCAAGGAUGGAACAAAAUCUUUUCCCAGACAUCGUCUCAAUGACAAUUUUUGCGACUGCACCGAUGGCACUGAUGAACCUGGAACUUCAGCUUGUCCAACUGGAAAAUUUUAUUGUCAAAACUUAGGAAGCAAGCCACAGUUCAUAUUUUCUUCUCGCGUUAAUGAUCUAUUUUGUGAUUGUUGUGAUGGGAGUGAUGAGUAUGAUGGUAGCAUCCAUUGUCCCAAUACAUGUGUCAUGGGUGGAAAUGUAGAAUACAGAUCUGAUCCAAUCUCUAGUGGGGCAAAAAAGACAAAGGAUGGAGUGAAGUUAGAGGAGUUAGUUUAUAACCUUACUGCACUGAAGGUAGCUAUUAUUCUUCAACUGGUUCUGGUUAUUUUUGUUGUCAUUCUCUGGUGUUUUCAUUGCCGUAAGAGAUAUAGAAGGAGGUAUUACCGUUGAACAGAUGUUGUCCUUAUUGUUUGCCUAUUUUAAACCCCAGGACUCAUUUCAUAAAUUGGGAACUUCCAUGACACAAUUUUCAAGGCAAGCAAAAAGGGGGAACAUAAAGAAAGAAAGAAAGAAAGAAAGAAGCUGAUCAAAAAAUCUAAGAUAUUAUUAGAAUUUAGAUAUUUGGGCAACAUGUAGAAAACCUAAUUUGAUGCAGGGUUAUGACAUUAAGAUAUGAAAUGAAUAACCUCGCCAAUUAUGCUAUUCAAUUGGAUUAAACAUCCCAAUGUCAUUGAGGUCCUAGAGUUAAAUUGAGGAACAUAUGUUAAUAGUUUUGUUUUCCAUUACACUUCUCUUUGAUCAUCAUUCAUGACCCCCUUAUCUCCAA